AUGCACAUCAAAGAAGUGAGUCUUAAUUUUUCUCUUUACCUAUUGAGUUUUUAGAUUAAUAUCACUGGGUUUCGAUCCUACAAAGAGCUGACCACAAUUAAAGAUUUUUCUCCAAAACACAAUGUCGUCGUUGGUCGAAAUGGAAGUGGAAAGAGUAAUUUCUUCUAUGCUAUUCAGUUCGUAUUGAGCAAUGAAUUUAACAAUUUGAAUCAAGAGCAAAGAAAUAAUCUUUUACACGAAGGAACUGGCCAGAGAGCUCCUUAUGCUCGUGUUGAGAUUGUUUUUGACAACAGCUUCCAUCGUUUGCCCUCUGUAAGCGACUCCUGCUUGUUAUAUUCGCUUUUAGGAAAGUAAUGAAGUCCGUAUUGCCCGUCAAGUCAGUACGAAGAAAGAUCAAUAUUAUAUAGACAAUAAAACUGCUAACAGAACAGAUGUAAGUAUAUCAGAAACAUUUUCUAUUGUUUAGAUCAUGAAUCUCCUAGAAUCGGCUGGAAUUUCCCGAUCGAACCCUUAUUUUAUUGUCAAGCAAGGGAAAGUCAUGGAGUUGGCCACUCAGACAGAUGCCCAACGAUUGAAGCUUAUUCGUGAGGUGGCUGGAACAAGAGUGUUUGAUGAGAGAAAGGAACAGAGUUUAAAGUUGUUAAAAGAUACUCAAGAAAAGUUGGAUAAAUGCAAAACGUUAUUGAACUUGAUGGAAGAUCGUUUAAAGAAGUUGGAAGAAGAGAAGGAGGAUUUGAAAGAAUACCAAAAAUACGAUAAAAUGAAAAGGUAAUUUAUUAUUUUGUUUUCUUUACUUGAUUUAGAGCCAUUGAGUAUACAAUCAACGAUCUGGAGAGUAAUGAAUGUCGUCUGAAGUCGGAUAAACUCUCCGCCAAAAGAGAAGAGCUCAAUUCUAAACAGAAUAGCAUUGAGACCGAGAUGAUGGUGGUUCAACAAGCAAUUCUUAAUACCCAGACUUUGAUCAAGCGACUUGACAGCCAGUUUAAAGGAGUGAAAGAUCAGAGGGAUUCUCUUAUGGCUGAACAACAGGAUCUUCUCUCGAAAAAAGCCAGAUUGGAGUUGACUAUAAAGGAUCUUCAAGAAGAGAUUGAUCGUGAACGGAACGGUCGAAACUCAUCAGAACAGGAUUUGAAGAAGUUGAAGGCCGAGAUUCAGAAGAAACAAGAUGAAUUGGAGGGAUUAGAGCCUGAAUACAAAAGACUGGUUGAAGAAGAAACCAGACUGAUGACUGAUAUUAAGAUCAAUGAACAGCAAGUAUCAGAAUUGAAUUCCAAGUUGGGACAAAAGGAUGUGUUCAAAAGCACUGCAGAAAGAGACAAGUUCUUGAAGACUGAUAUAAAUAAAACCUCAGCUCAAAUAAGUUUAAUCAACGAGCAGAUUAGGAAUAUUCAAGAAGCUUUAGAAGAAGAUGAGAAUGAGACCAAUGCUUUGAACGAAAUGUCUAUUGUGAGUUAUAUGCUUUAUGAAUUAUUUGUUUAAAUUUUAGGAAUGUGAGAAGGAACUCCGUGAGAAAGUGUCGCAGAUCGAUAAAGUAAGCAGCCAGUUGACUGAAAAACGAAGAGCUGUUGAUCGGUUGAGCGGCAAGUUAAAGGACGCCCAAGUUCAAGAAAAUCUGGCGAUUGAUGACUUGAAUCGAGUCAGAAACGAAAUUGAUAACUACGAAGAGUCCUUGAUGUCAUUGGCUCCCAAGAAUAUGAUGAACGGGAUCAGAAGUAUCAAUUUGGUAUUGAAAUGGAUGAAAGACAACAAUCAUGACGGAAGAUAUACAGAGGUCUUAAAAGGAUAUUACGGUACUUUUUGUUUUUGGACGCCCUUCUACUGCACUUUUAGGAAAGGUUCUCGACCACAUUGAAACCGAUCCCGAAUACUUUUUGGCCGCUGAUGUUACUGCACAGAAUCGUCUGUUUCAUCAUAUUGUGAAAGAUGAUCGAGUAGCGAUGAAAAUCCUGGAUCAACUUAAUGCUCGGGAGUUACCUGGUACAUUUGAAUUCAUGCCACUGAAUAGAUUGACUCGAAAGCAGAACCGGGAAGCUCAAACGGGAGAGGCCACUUCCUUAUUAAAUGUUCUCAGAUACCCAGAGCAGUUCGAACCAGUGUAUAGACAAAUAUUUGCGUCUAUUGCUGUUGUUCGAGACCUUCAGUCAGGUGCGCGAAUCUCCAGAAGUUAUCAAAUGAACUGUGUAACCAUUAAUGGUAAGUUAGUCAUGUUUUUUAUUUUCGUUUUUAGGCGAGCAGAUUGACCGAAGAGGACCAAUGACUGGCGGAUAUUUGGACAGAAAGAGAUCAAAGAUGGAAGCAUCUGCCAAACUUCGCGAAAGCAAACGUCUUCUUGAAAUGGCAGAGGUAAAAUAAGAGGCCUUUCUUUUACUGUUAUUUUAGAAAAAGGUUCAUGAAAAACAUGAGGAGGCGAAGAAAGUUUUGGAGGAAUACGAGCGUCUGACAAUUGAAUAUAAUGGUUUAGAAGAGCAAGUAAAACAAUUGAAGGAUGAGCACCAGACUGUAAACGAAAGGAAGCACAAUAUCUCCGAACAAAUAAACAAAAAGGCUAUGGGAAGAGAACCGAAAGCAGCUCAGAUUGUUCAAUUGAAAGAAAGAGUAAGAAGAAUGAAUGCUAGGAAGGAUAUGUUGUCACAACAGCUUGGAACGGCAUUGGAAAGUCAACUGAGUAAUGAAGAACGGGAUGAGGUGAAAAGGCUUGAGGUAUGUUUUAGUCAAAAGAUAUAAAAGAUACUUUUGUUUUUUAGAAAGAGAUAAAAGAAAUGAGGAAGGAACUGUCGAAUAUCUCCAAGAAUAGGUCGGAGAAAGAAAACCGGAAACAUCAACUGGAAAAUCAGCUGAGAACGAAUUUGAUCCGCAGAAGGGAUGACAUAGAGAGCAGGAUUCAGGACAUUGGAAUUGAGGAGAAGAAGUACAAAUUGAACACGGAGAACUCGCAGAUGAAACAAUUGAAUGAGCGUCUGAACGAUAUCAUGAAACGGAUUAACGGUUUGUUUUUACUGAUUUUAUUAUAUGAUUUUAGAAUUGAACGAGACUAUCGCCGACUAUAACAAAGACAAGGAUGAUUAUGAAAAGGAGUUAGAAGAAAACUUAGAAAAGAAGGCCAGGUUUGAUGCUCAAAUUGAGUCCAUUGCUAAACAAACCGACACAUAUUGCACCAAGAUUGCCGAUUAUCAGGCGAAGAGGGAGGAGUUCUUGAAAAAGGUAAUUAUUAUUUCCUUCUUAUUACACUGUUUAAUUUAGAUGAAUGAAAUAGGAAUAGUACCUGCUGAUGCACUUGGAAAGUACCGAAAUUCUUCUCUGAAAGAUCUAGAUAAGAAGUUGACGCAAUGCAUGAAUGAAUUGAAGAAGUAUCAGAAUGUAAACAAAAAGGCCCUGGAUCAGUUUGUUCGAGCCAAUAAUCAGAAGGAGAGUCUGACCAAGAGUUUAGAGGAACUGGCCAAAAAUGAAGAGGUGUGUUAUAAAGUUUUAAUACGAGCUCUUUUAGUCCAUCAACAAUCUGAUCGUCGCUCUGAACAACAGAAAGCAGGAGACUCUUACUCUAACAUUCCGACAGAUUUCUAAGAACUUCCAGGAAGUUUUCAAGCAACUUAUCCCAGAUGGAAGUGCUCAAUUAAUUAUUCAGAAACCAGAUGUGAGUUUUGUUCGUUUUCUGGAUAUAAUAUUGUUUUAGCUGCCAGAAACUCAGGGAUCGCAGGACGAUGACGAACAUGAUUUCAUCGGUGUUGCUAUGAGGGUCAGCUUCACUGGGGCCGAAGAAACAAAAGAAAUGAAUCAUUUGUCCGGAGGGCAGAAGAGUCUAGUCGCCCUCGCUCUCAUCUUCUCCAUCCAGAAAUGUGAUCCGGCCCCUUUCUACUUGUUUGAUGAAAUUGACGCCGCUUUGGAUCGACAGCAUCGGCAAUCAGUGGCUGCGAUGAUCCACGAACUCUCAGAGAAUGCACAAUUCAUUACAACCACCUUCCGGCCCGAGUUACUGGAACAUGCUGAGAACUUCUAUGGUGUUAGAUUCAGAAACAAGGUAUCUUACAUCGACCCGACUACCAAGGAACAAGCGUACGACUUCGUUACUGACGAACAGACUUACAACUGA